AUGUCCUAUAACUCCACAAACUAUUGGAGUUCUUCCCCGAGCCGUCCUGACAGCGACAAUCCAUUCGAGAAAUAUAAGGCUCAGAGGAAUUCAGGUAGCUCGAACCUGGGGUUCAGAGCCCGGAAAAGGGGAUAUGGGGUUAAUAAGGCCCUAAAGGUCUUGGGUUUGCUGUUUGUAUUUGGAGUCCUCGUGGUUGCGUGGAAAGGUGGGGAGCAUACAGCAAUCAAAAAUGCAGGGUCAAUAACGGACCUUCUCGCUGAGAAGGCAGCGGCAAGAGAGAGAUUGCUCGCAAGUAAAGGGAAUGUGCAGGUAGGGAAGGAAAAGGCUUCAUUGGUGAUGCUUGUUCGGAACCGUGAGCUCAAAGAUGCUCUCACAGCGAUGAAGCAGAUAGAGGAUCGCUUUAACCGCAAUUACCACUAUCCAUGGACCUUCCUCAAUGACGAGCCAUUCACAGAGGAGUUUCGAAAUCACACCACUCGCAUGGCAUCGGGCGCCACCGAGUAUGGAUUGAUCCCGGAGAAAGAAUGGAGUAUGCCCGAAUGGAUAUCGGAGGAUAAGUUCCAAGAGACAAUUAAGUGGAUGUCCGAGAAGAAUGUCAUUUACGGUGAUUCACGGACUUAUCGCCAUAUGUGUCGUUAUAACUCGGGUUUUUUCUGGAGGCACGAGGCAUUGAAAAAAUAUGACUGGUACUGGCGGGUGGAACCGAGCACAAGCUUCUACUGUGACAUGAAUUAUGAUCCGUUCACAUUCAUGCGCGAGAAUAACAAGAAGUACUCAUUCGUCAUAUCACUUCCAGAAUAUCGUGAGACCAUCGAAACACUUUGGUCAACCACACAGGAGUUCGCGAAGCUGCAUCCACAGUACAUUGCAAGGGAUAAUUCGCUGGGAUUUAUUACCGACGAUGAUGCUAGCAAAGGAAUCGAGGGCACCGAUUACAAUAACUGCCACUUUUGGUCCAACUUUGAAAUUGCCGAUCUAAACUUUUGGCGUGGGGAAGCAUAUACCAAAUACUUUGAUUAUCUCGACAAAAAAGGCGGUUUCUAUUACGAACGAUGGGGAGACGCUCCAGUUCAUUCAGUCGCAGCUGCUCUAUUCCUCCCUAAGGAUCAAAUACACUUUUUUAGUGACGUUGGUUACAAUCACGUGCCAUGGGGACGCUGUCCAGCGGAUGACGAGAGUCAUGACUACGCAAGGUGCAUGUGUCCGUUCGAACGCGAAGAAAGUUUCGAUCUCCACCAGUGGAGUUGCCUGAAAAGAUGGUGGAAACUACAUGGACUCGAUGAGCACGGCAAGAAAAUUGACUAA